AUGGCAAUUAGUACUGAAAGUUUCGGAGAUUCCAAGACCAGUCAGAACAACAACAAAGAAGGCGGUAUUGAAGAUGAAGAAGAGGAGGUUAAUUGCAAGCCAACCAAUGGAGAGAGCUCUAGCAGUAGUUCAGCAGAAGAAAAUGAAAAGAAGUCUGCUUCUGGAUCUGUGAGGCAGUAUAAUCGUUCCAAGACACCGAGACUCCGAUGGACUCCUGAUCUCCAUCUUUGCUUUGUUCAUGCUGUUGAAAGACUAGGAGGACAAGAGAGAGCAACACCCAAGUUGGUUCUUCAAUUGAUGAACAUCAAAGGCCUUAGCAUAGCUCAUGUGAAGAGUCAUCUACAGAUGUAUAGAAGCAAGAAGAUUGAUGGCCCCAAUCAAGGGCAUGCAGUUAUUUCAGAGCAAGGGCUUCUGUUUGAAGGCGGAGAUCACCAUAUAUACAGACUUAACCAGGUUCCUAUGCUGCGCAGUUUUAAUAAUCAGUGGCCUUCUUCCAGUUUUCGGUAUGGUGAUGUUUCUUGGAGAGGGAAUGAUCAAAAGAUCUAUGGUUCUCACAGGGGAGGCAGUGCACUGGAUAUAGCAAGAAAAGGGUUGUAUAGUUCAUUCAGAGACAGAAUAAUUGGAAGCUAUAGCAACAAUUCACUUAGCUUUAAUUCCCAAAUGGCUAAUUCUUGUUUCAGUGGGGAAGCUCCUUCAGGAACAUCAACUCAUCAAACUUUGAAAGAAGUCCAAUCAUUUCAUGGAUCCUGGCAAACACAAACAAGGCCAAGUGGAUCAAUGGGUUCCACUUUCACCACCCAAUUUCCAGAGAGAUCAGGAACCGAUCAGCUUAAAUGUUUGAGCAGCAUUACUAAUUCACCACAAAAUAGUUGGAAAAUGAGCCAACAAGCCCAAGACACGUUAAAGAGGAAGACUGUGGAUUCCAAUAUCCAAGACUUAGAUUUGAAUUUAUCCCUGAAAAUAACAACACCAAACAAUAAUGAAUUUGGAAAGGGUACUUUGGAAGGAGGAGUUGAUAGUAGUUUGUCUCUUUCUUUGGCUUCUUCAUCUUCAUCAUCAUCUUCAAAGCUUAGAAAACAUGCAAGGACAUGGAUGGCAAGUACUCUAGAUCUGACUUUAUGA